GGAGAGAGGGAGGGGAGGGGGAGAAAGCAACUUGUUAUAAAAUAUAAAACCUUUGAUAGAUACACCCAAACCCACCAAACGAAUAGUUCACAAAGCUAGCUCCAGACUUAUUUGCUUCUAUACACAAAAUAGUUCAAUCCAGUUAAUUUGAGUGCUAGCUCUGAUCAUCGGACUAUUUCCAUCUUUCUACAUCAAUAUCAUGUCUAACCGAUGGUGGACCGGCCCGGUCAACGUGGCCGGCGUAGAAACAUCAUCUCAGGCCAUCAAGAAGCCAGAUCUGGGUAUCUCAAUGAACGAUGCCACCACAGGAAGUGAAGAAGAUGAAAGAGACAACAACAGCGAUGAUCCCAGAGAAGGUGCAAUCGAUCCUUCUAACCGUAGGCCUCGAGGCCGACCUCCGGGGUCCAAAAACAAACCAAAACCACCGAUUUUCGUCACCAGAGAUAGCCCCAACGCCCUCCGCAGCCACGUCAUGGAGGUAGCGAGUGGUACAGAUAUCGCAGAAAGUAUAGCUCAAUUUAGCCGAAAACGACAACGCGGUGUGUGUGUGAUGAGUGCUAGCGGCACAGUCAUGAACGUAACCCUAAGACAACCUUCGGCACCUGGCUCAGUCAUGGCUCUACAAGGCCGGUUCGAGAUUUUAUCCCUAACCGGCGCCUUCUUACCGGGUCCUGCACCACCUGGAUCCACCGGGCUCACUAUAUAUUUAUCUGGAGGCCAGGGCCAGGUUGUGGGUGGUAGCGUGGUGGGAUCAUUGGUAGCAUCAGGACCAGUGAUGGUCAUAGCCGCCACGUUCUCCAACGCUACCUAUGAAAGACUCCCGGUUGAGGAAGAGGAGGAAGCGGAUAGCGUGACACCUGGGCUAGGUGGCGGUGGAUCACCACCGCAACUCGGAAUGGGUGAUCAGAAUCCGAUGGCAGGGUAUAAUAUGCAGCCGAAUUUGAUCCCAAAUGGUGGUGGACAGAUGAACCAUGAAGCUUUUGCUUGGGCUCACGGCCGGCCACCAUACUAGUGAAAGUAAGGUAAUAAGUUCAAAUUUAAUAAUGAUCAUAUUAUGAUAUUAAUAUGAAUUAUUAAAUUAAAGGAUAAAUUAAUUAAUUUUAUUUUAGGAAAAUUGUGUUCUCGCAUACAUACAAUCAUGAACUUCAUAUUGUAAUUAAGUAAGGGGAAAAAUAAUAAUAAAUAAUUUGAGGGUUUGUAUAGCUUUCUUUGACAUGAUUGAAGUUUUGAUAAUCACAUGUUGUAAUGUUGUAAAAUACAUGGUUUCUGUCUAUUGUCUUUUAGUGCUUAAAAAUAUAUUUGUAUGUUACAUAUUUAAUUUAUAGUUGGCCAGUACUUACUUGUAA